AUGAAGAAAUCCUCCGAGGUGUCUACUUCCAAGAGGGAAAAGUACCUCGGUUGGAUAACCAAGGACAGACAGGCGGCUAUGCACAAAUCCUUGAUCAUUGGUAUUGAUUUUGGAACAACGUUUUCCGGUGUAUCGUGGGUAACCGUCGCCCGCUUCAACAAGGAAGAUAUCAACGUUAUCACCGAUUGGCCUGGGACCCGUAAAGCCGAAGCAAAGCUCCUUUUGCUAAAGAAGGAGGAUAUGUGGAAAGAUCUUCGGGACUCAGACCAGAUUGUCAAAGCUAGAAAGCUACUACUCGAUUUGGGGAAAACUCCGGAGGAUUGCAUUGCGGACUAUCUCCGCGCACUUUGGAAACAUACCCUCAAGAUGAUUCGCAAGGGCCACGCAGAUUACCUGAUUGAGUCUCUGCAGUUCCAUGUGGUUCUUACCGUGCCCGCUAUCUGGAAGGAUUAUGCACGUACUGCAAUGCAAGAAGCCGCCAAAAGGGCCGGGAUUCUCGACCGUCGCAGUGCCGGCGAGACAACCUUGGUCCUUGCACCCGAGCCCGAGGCAGCCGGAUUGACAGCACUGCUUGAAUAUGGUACCGCCAUUAAACCAGGCGACGUGUACGUAAUUUGCGAUGCCGGGGGUGGCACCGUGGAUGUGAUCACCUACAAAGUUAAGGGCACUCAGCCUCUCAAGUUAGCCGAGGCUGUCGAAGGCGAUGGCGCUCUUUGUGGUGGUAUAUUCAUUGAUGAAGAUUUCAUAACAAAAUGCUCAAGGCGUAUUGGUCUCAAAUGGUCUCAAUUUAGUGAAGCACACCGAAACGCCAUCCUGGAAGAUGAAUGGGAAGUCGACAUUAAGUGGCGAUUCUGUCUAAAAGACCCUAGCGCUAAAUGGCUACUAUCCAUUGAGAAUGGUCCAUUAUCGGGUGCAGACUUGGAAGAUACAUCCCGCAUGCCUCACAUCAAGAGAGGCAUUAUACACUUCUCAAGGAAAGUUUAUUUCAAUCAACCCACUACUUACUUACCUUCCACUAACUUCAGAUUCAGCUCUGAUAUUAGGGAGGUUUUUGACGCUAGAGCUACUCCUGGGCUUCUUAAACUAGUAGGCACGCAAAUAGCCAAAGCCCAAGACAACGGCCUCAGUGUGACGGGGAUUGUUCUUGUCGGAGGCCUCGGCUGUAACGAAUAUCUAUCCGAAUCCCUUGAUGCCAAAUAUGGCAGUCAAGGCAUCGUUAUUUGUCGCUCUAAAGACAAGGACCAAGUGCGUUCUGCUAUCUGCCGCGGGGCCAUUCUCAAAGGUCUUAUAACUGCUCCAAUCGACGAUCAUAUACCGAACGCUCCUCGUAUCCUUUCAACUAUCUCCAGAACAUCUCUGGGUAUCCGGAAGUCCUCGAAAUAUCAGAAGGGAGUUCAUCGCAAAGAGACUAGGGUUUUCCAUGAGAUUGAGGGCUGUUACAAAGUGUAUAAUGUGAUGCAUUGGUAUAUUGAAAAGGGGAAAGAGGUUGAAACAGAUCGUCCUAUCAGGAAGAAGUUAUACAAAUCAUCGAGCAUGGAUGCCCACCUACCAUCUCACUUAGAUUUCACGAUUCUUCAGUGUGAGAGUGAACACCCGCCUAAGUACAAGACUGACCUUGUGACGCGGCAUUCUACCAUUGGGUUCAAGCUUGGGCACCUUGGAGACAGUGCCUGGAAAGUACAUGAAGCCCCCGGUGGUCGAAGAUUCAGGAAACUCAACUACACACUUGAGAUGGUGCCAUCCGGUGCCUCUACAGAGAUUUCAAUGUGGAUCAAAGGCGAGAAGCUGGGAUCAAAGUAUAUAUCGAUUCAAUUUGACUAG